AAAAUGGCUGACUAGCUGAACGUCAAAACUUCGACGAGUAGUGCUUACGAUAAAAACGAGCAAAUUUACUACAAAAUUUGCCAAAUAAACGAAUAUUUAGUGAUAGUGAAGUAUUGUGGUGCCAUAAAAUAAGUGUUUCGUGCUAACAAAUAGUUAACUAUUGUGUUAAAAAGCGCUCGAAACUGCAAGGAUUGACGACAAUAACGUCAAUGCACCAUGUGAGCGUCGCACUAGUGCGGGCCGCGGCGGCAUGUGGGCUCCCGCCGCGGCCGGCGCGGGCGCCGCGCUCGCCGCGCUGCUGGCGCUGCUGGCUCUGCGCGCCUGCCGACACACCAAGCGGCACAAGCAAGUGCACGUAGUCCGCCUCGCGCCCCGCCCGCCCCGCGCCGCCCCCUCCCACACGCACCCGCACCUCUACCCCGCGCCCCCUCCCCCCGACCCGCCCCCGCACCCUCCCCCUCCCCCGCACCCUCCCCCCGCGCGCCGCGCCGAGGCGCGCCCGCUGCACGCGCCGGCCGACGACGACAAGGCCCCGCCUCCACAAAUCGUCAUAGUCCCCAACACCUCCCAGGACCAGACCCCCGGUCCCUCCGAGCCCUACAAGGGCCCCAAGAUACCCCUCCCGGAACAGUGGCUCAUAAAAAAGCCUUUCGACUACAAAUACUCGAACAUCCCGCGACCCCUAGUGCAGAUCGAGUCGGAUUUGGGAAGCGAGUUGACGCAGGAAUCGCGAGCGAAAAAAUAUAGCGCGACGCGCUCGCCCUCGCUCGAAAAAGACGAGAAAAGUCCGUUCCUAACGAGGGGACCCGACGAGGUGUUCGGUUUUGACGCGGAAGUCGUUAAAAAAGUUAACGAAACCGAGGUCGAGAUAGACGUAGAUAUGGAUAAGCCCGUCACUCCUAAAGAGGAGAGGAGCGAUAUGUCACCGAGUAAUUUACGCCGCUUUAGGUCCGUCAGCACCAGACUGAAUAUAUGCAGUGUCACCGACACCCCUCAUCUAGAAGGGCAGCAGGAGAGACUAGAAAUGCAGAACUCUCCCAGAGUUCUGGACUGCUCUGCAAAGGAUAAGUCAAAAUUCGACUUCUCGCCUAAACUUUUAGCUGACAGCAUGACCUCUCCUAGAUUCUUCACGCCUCCCGAAGCGGUCUCGCCUAUGUUCUUCGCCGAACCUUCGCCUAAAUCUGUCUACUACGACACCGUUAGGUCUCCUAAAUUCUUCCCCGAAACGCCUAAAGAGGCCGAAGUGCCACAGUCACCCAGGACUCUUGGAGAUCAUUUGAAUAGAAAUGCUCCGGAGAAACCUAGCUCACCUAGAGUGUUGAGCGCGAGACCUAGCCCUAAAAUCCAUAGCUGUAACAAGGAGAAUUAUUUCACAUUCGACGCAGCUCUGCCCGAAGAGGGUGCCGCUAGGAUGUCUCCAAGACCAAGAAGAUAUGGCGGGAGAAACUCGUUAGAAAAGGAAAGAUAUACUCCUCCAGCGGACAAAGAAGCCAGGCGAUAUCGCAGACACAACAGUUGCGAUACAAAUUACAAAAACAUAGAACUUAAUAUAUCAAAAUGCGAGGAAACUGAAGAGGUCAAUAAAGACGUAGUAGAUUGCUGUGCCAAAAUGGAAACAUUAGAAAUAGAAACGAAAGAAGAGCGAAACGAAUUAACCCCUAAUCCGAACACCGCGCAAGCCAGACGACAGAGACUUAAAUCGAUAUCUCUAGACUCCGACAAUGCUAAGAUUAUUGAACAGAAUCUUGGCCUGCCCAUAGCUAAACAGAUGAAAGACCAAAUGAAUGAAGCUUAUAAGAAUGAUGUGAGCGCCUCAUGCGAAAGUAUGGAAAGGCAUCUCCAAACACCGCCGUCAGAUCAACCCGUGUUUAAAUUUGAGGAAGAACCAGUAAAGGAUAAAACCUCAGAAGAGGACGAACCGAAGAGUCCUGACUUAAGAAAGAAAACUUUACGCCAAAGCUCAGAUACACAAUCCUUUUUAGAUAUGCCCAGAUUCUCGCCAAAGGAAUUCGAAAUUACAGUUACUACGGAAGAAGGUUCGACAUCACCAGCAGAAACUCAAACGAAACGAAAAGGAAAGAACUUAAGAAAUCUAACUAUCGAUCUGACGAAACGGGAUAGCGAUUUGGAAAAAGAGCUAUUAGAAUUCGAAAAGUUAUACACUAACGCUGAAGAAAAGAAGGUGAAAACGCCUACACUGAAAGUGAAAGCGACUUCUUUAGAUUCCUCUGAAUCUGUAAACUUGUCGCUGCCACAGAAGAAAACUUUGGACGUCCCGCAGAAUUCUAUAUCAGUACCUAACACGCCGAAACGACAGUUGAUAAGAAUUUUAGCUCAGAAGAACAUAAAACUUGAGUCAGGGUCUAAAAGCGCGGAGCAACGCCGGCUUUACAUGAAAGGCCAAGACAGUGGCAUCUUUUUGCGUGAACACCAUGCGAAUCUGAUGCUAUACCAGCCCGGCCCGUCUCGAAGAACUAUGGGCUCUUUUGACGAAAACAUGUCAGACUUUGCCGAGAACCCGCCAGAAAUCAACGUGUCAGGACCGAGCUAUCACCAGGAAACCGGACAAACUCUAGGCUCAAACCUUCUCAACUAUAAGCAGAACCUAAGCGUGUCUAGCACUAAUUUAAAAACAUUGCCCGAAGGCGUCACUUCUGACGAUUUCGAACCAAGUGAGGAGGAUGAAAAAUUAGCCAAGAAACUUCAUAGAAGGAACUCUAACCAGAGUUUGAUGCUCAGUACGCAUAGCUUGCAGAGUUCAAACUGUUCUUUAAAUAGCUCCGGAGCUUCAUGCCAUAACUUAACGACUGUUAGAACAAGCAUGUCGAAUUUCAGCUUGACCUCAGAUAGCAGAAAGAAACUGUCUAUAGAUCGGAGAGAUUCAAAUACUUCAAUAAAUGCGGAACAUCUCACACCAACUACUAGAGUCAUCUGCUCAUCAAAUACGAAUGUGUCUGGAGAAUCCAAAAACUGCUUAUUACAACGAAGGGGCUCCAACAACAGCCUAACUUUAAAUAUAUUGCCAAAUAACUCUUUAAGCAGACAUUCUAGCAACAGUUCUUUAAAUAAAGACGCGAAACCAGGCCAAAAGAAAGGGCUCCUUGAACGUAGAAGCUCAAAUACUUCCCUUACUUUAAACAUUAACAACUCAAACCCUCAGUUAUCCGUGAACCGGAGCCUUAGUAUAUCUAACUAUAAUCUCAACGGCUCCACAUGCAAUUUGAGCAGGUACAACAGUAACCAAAGCAUUGAUAACCCUCCAGAGAAAAAGGGAAUCUUAGAAAGAAGAAGUUCAAAUACGUCUUUGACUUUAAAUAUCCAGCCGCAGGAACCAAGAGACAUAGAAAUUGAUGAGCGUCUUAUAGAUAGUAAUCUAAAGGAGCUCCCACAUGUAGAUAAACAUAGAAAAUCUCUAAGCACGGAAAACUUAAUACCAAUGUCUUAUAAAACUCGCAUGCGACGAACUGGGGAGAACAAAUGCGUUGGAUUCGGUUCACAUGACAAUCUAUGGUCAAACUCUUAUAGCACUGAUGAAUGCCCUCAAAACUUAACAUAUGUCUGUGGAGACCAAGAAAACGAGAUUAUAUACGCUUUCGGAAGACAGGAGGAUCCAAAUUUCCAGCAAGGAUUCGUUAGAAACAUCACAACCAAACCUUUAAGUCCACAGAGUACGUCUGAAGACUUCAGACUUUAUUUGGCAAAUAUGCAGCAUCUUCAAAACGCGUCGAGCGUAUUAACCAGACAACAAUUAAGAGAUUUAAAUGAUGUAUUUCAGAACGGUUAUUCGAAAGUUAAAUGCCAUAGUGCGAUAGAAGGGCAGCAUUGCUGUUCUAAUAAAGUUGAUGCUGAUUUGACAAAGGAAAACCCUCAGAUGUUGAUACCUGACGUAUCGCACCCCUGUUCGGAAUAUCAGAAAACUUUACUAAGAAAUUUACAUCAGGAGUUUUGGGACAUGCCCACAAACUUUCAGGAGAAGCCGAUAGUUUCUGGGUCUCAUCCGAAAAAUAGAUAUAAGACUAUUUUGCCGAAUGAGCAUUCGAGGUUCAUACUGAAAUCUGAUGCGGCGAUGGCAGGCGAGGGAUACAUUAAUGCCAAUUUUAUAAAGGGGCAUGAAUACACUAAGAACUGCUACAUCGCCACCCAAGGCCCUCUCCAGAACACGGUCUACGAUUUCUGGAAGAUGGUGCAUCAGAACAGCUCCCAUUCUACCUCCCAAGGCAUCCAGAAAGUGGUCAUGCUCACAAACUUCAUAGAAAACAAUCGACAGAAGUGCGAAAAAUACUUCCCGCUAGAAAUAAACGAAGAAAUGGUAUUCGAAUGUCCGGAUUCAGAAGUGGGAUCGAGUUUCAAAAUCAAAAAUACAGGUCUUAUCAAAAAGCCUGGUUAUACUAUUAGGAACUUAAAUGUGUGUUGUGAAAAUGAUUCAGUGACGGUGUACCAUUAUUGGUUCCACAAUUGGGCGGACCAUAAGUGCCCUAAAGAUGUGAACGCGCUCUUAAAUUUAAGUUUAGACGUUUUAAAAGAAACUACGUACAAUUUUGAUGAUAGUGAUUUGUGUCAGUGUGCGAGUCCGAAGAAGGAUUCUAAGUUUGUGUUUCCGCCUUCGGAUGACUCUGUGGAUGUGAGUGUAAGUGUAUCGACUCCUAUAGACUUUAGUAAAGAAAAUAUGUCACCGGCGACCAUAAUUCACUGUUCAGCAGGCAUUGGUCGUACUGGGUGUCUUAUAGCUAUCCUGAACGGUAUAAAACAGCUAAGUAUAGAGCAGAAGGUAGAUGUGCUGGGUAUAGUUUGCAAUAUGAGGUUGAAUCGAGGUGGUAUGGUCCAGAAUUCAGAACAAUAUGAGCUAAUACAUAAAGUACUAUGCGUUUUUGAACAGACAUGCUUACCAAGCUUAUAGCUGGAGAUUUUAUAGUUGAAUGUUAACGAUUUGAUGUUUCAUGAUUUGUCUAAAUUAGACGUCAUAAUGAACUAAGAGUUGUUGUGAAAUGAAUUAUUGCUGUUACUCGCGAAUAUAUCUUAACGGACGAACCGCUCAAAAAGAACUAUACAUGUCCUUUUUGGAGUUUGUCUACAAAAAGUAAAUAAGUCAGGAUGUUUUUCGCAAAACGAUGUUCAAAACGCAAAGUAUCCUCGAAACUUUAGUACUUUUUUAAAAUUAAUAUACCAGUGAAGUCACUGUUGAAAAUAGCUUAUAGUUUCAUAGUAAACUAAACCUUAUUACUGAUGCGUUAAGGUUGAAUAUAAUAUAAAGAGUUGUUAAAAGUAUAAGCCGUUUUGGAGAGAGACUUCUCAGAGCAUACUUUUUGUCAUUAAAAUAUUCGUUCCAGCUUAUUAGUCCAGUCAAUGAGGCUGUUGGAAUUUCAAAUCAAUUUUUGAUAUAUCGCGCGAGAUAGCAAGUACACUGCCAGUAAAAUAUUUUACACUAUGAAUUUAAGGAAGUAUUUUUUUAAUAAAUAAAAUAUACCUAUAACUACCAAAAUCCCAUUUCAUGUUUCUUACAUAACAUCUUUUAAUAAUGUGAUGAAUUGAUGAUAUAAAAUAAAACCUAACAUAUAAUGGUUUAAUGAAUUUUUUAAAAUGACUAGUGGUUGAAAAAGUGCUAAUAUUGUGGUUACAACCAUUCACGAGCAGUUAGGUCGAACUGCAAAAAUUGUACAUAAUUAAGCGUCGUUUAGGACUUUUGUGUUCCAUUGUGUUACGAAAAUUAGCCAUGUAAAUAGGGAAUGUUAGGUAAAGCUCUGCGUAGGUGGCGCCACUAGCACAUACAGUAAACAAACCUCAUUGACAUCAUCAAUGACACAUCAUGCGUCACUAGGUCAAUCACAUGGCCUAUGUGAAACACGACAAUCGAAAGUUCGGUUUCUGCCUCUCUAUCACUCUUGCUUACUCGAUCGAUAGAGAGGCAGAUAAAGAAAUUUCGCGUUUCGCGGUAGGCCACCUGUAAACAAACCGCCUUGGUGCAUCAAUGUCAUAGUGAAAACUUGUCAAAAAACUGUUUAAGGCGUAGUAUAUAUAAGUUACUGUAUGGUUUACUAAACAAAUUAGUGCUGCACUCUGGCGGCAGAACAUUGCAGUAAUAUUUCCUGUUGUAUUGUGUUUGUUAUAUGUACUUAAUUCGUAAACAUAUAAGUUUAUAGCAUACGCCAAUACUUUCAUGCAUGUAACUUACAUAGAAAAUGCAUGACUGUCGUAACCCAAUGGAAUUAAUUAACUUAAUAUUAAUUACAGGUCCUUAACUAUGUACAUUUUUUUUACAAUUCUCUCAUUAGUACUUUGUAUUGUCAUUAAACUAAUUAAAAACAUACAGUAUAAUUAAUUUAAUGAGUUUGAAAAAUCGCAUGGAAAGUAUAACAGGAGAUUUUUUUAAGCCACACCUUCAUUGGCUGGACUUAUUUGAGGAACUCAAGGGAAAAUAGUGCUUAUUUGUAUGAGAUAAGACUCAUUUUCCUACUAUUAAAUCAUCAGUUAAUGGUUAAACAGUGGUUAAACAUUGGAAUACAAUGAAGGGUAAUACAUGAUUCUAUUCUCAUUGUCAAUGUAACUACAGAUGUACAUCAUAAUUGUAUUUAUUACAAGCUUUUAUUUAGUUUCAC